GUGAGAGCCGCUGAGCAGCCCCCGGGCUGCUGGUCAGGAGUGCGGGGCACCGGCAGGGCUCGGGCUGCUGGUCAGGAGUGCGGGGCACCAGCAGGGCUCGGGCUGCCGGUCGGGAGCCAGCGAGGUUGGAUGAGAGCCUCUGGGGAGGAUGGAGGAGUGGGACCCAGCUUGCCCUGAUCCCAUGGCGGGAGCCGAGGUGGCAGGGCAAGCCCCUCAUGCUGUGCAGGCGGGGAUAAGCGGAGCAUCCCCGAGGUGGGCAGCACGACGGGUCAAACAGGGGCGGCUGGAGGAGCCCGUCCAGCAUUGGCAGGUCAUAGCCCGCAGGCAGCUCAAGGACAUGGUCUUGGACACGGAUGGGCCUGGGGCAUUGCGGGAACCUCUCUGCUCCUGGCUGGGGCAGCUGCAGCCCCGUCCUGGGCACAUGGUGCUGGAGGAGGCAGGUUGGGGUGAAACCCCAGGGUCCCGGGAGGAGCUGCCUUGUGUCCCCAAAGAGGAGCCCACACCCCGCCAGGAGCCAGCGAUGUGCGUUUCGCCGCUUAUACAACUGCAAAGGAGGCAGCACAGUGCAUGUCAGCUCGUGUGCAGAGCAGAGUCGAUUAAUCGAGUCUGCUUCGACGCCCUGGAUCUCCAGCCCGUCCAGGCACGAAAAGAUUCCCCCGGCACAGAGGAGACCUGGGACUCAUUGGCAGAGGAAAGGUCUUUGGGCUGGUUCUUCAGACACGGCCUUUUGCUAGAGGCAGCAGGUGCAGGAACCCUGAGCACAGCCGAGGAGCAGCCUCCUGAGGCAGGGUCCGCCACCCUGGCGCUGCAGAAACCAUCCUCAAUAAGACCUGGGGAGAGGGGCUUCCUGACAUCUGAGCCAGGCCAGGUGCCCGAGAGGCAGGGCUGGUGCCCACAGCAGAGAGAGAGCAUAGCCACGAGCAAGCUCUCGGAGGCCUUUGAGGACGUGGCUGUGUACUUCACCUGGAAGGAGUGGGCACUGCUGGAAGCUGCAGAUAAGAUGCUUUACCGGGACCAAAUGCUGAAGAAUUACCAAGCCCUGUUUUCCCUGGGAUACCGAGGUCCCACACCGGACUUGAUCUGCCGCAUCCAGCGAGGGGAGAUGGAGCUCUGGGUCAGUGAUUUGGAGGAAGCUGGAGAAAGCUCGUUGUCUGAAGACUCAUCCCUGGCAGAUGCUGAGACGCUGCGCAGAGCUGAGCAGCAGCUUUCCGAGGAAGGGCCUGCCACGCGGAAGCUGUUUCCAACCCAAACCCGGCGACUCGCCCAACAGGUACAGAGAACAGCCGAGACCCAAAGGAGCCCUGUGUGCAGGGAGGGCCUUCAAGAGCAGGGAGAUCGGCAGAGCCACGAGGGCAAGGUUCACCGUGGGCAGGGACUGUAUAUCUGUGGGGUGUGCGGCGAGAGCUUUGCGGGCAAAGUGGAGCUCAGGGCACACAGGGGAAUCCAUAGGAGGGAGAAAACCUACCCCUGCACCGAGUGCGGGAAGAGCUUCCAGCGCAAACAUCGUCUCAUCAAGCACCAGAGGAUACAUGCAGGGGACCGUCCCCACCUGUGCCCCGAAUGCGGGAAGAGCUUUGUCUCCCCAAGUGACGUCCGAGUCCACCAGCGCGUGCACACAGGGGAGAAGCCUUACUGCUGUGCCCAGUGCAGGAAGAGCUUCACCUGGCCCGUUCACCUCCAGAACCACAUGCGCGUGCACACGGGGGAGAAGCCCUUCUCCUGCUCCCAGUGCGGGAAGAGCUUCAGCGACAGCUCCACGCUCACCAGGCACCUGCGCGUGCACACGGGGGAGAAGCCCUUCUCCUGCAGCCAGUGCGGGAAGAGCUUCACCGACAACUCGGCUCGCAUAAGGCACCUGCGGGUGCACACGGGGGAGAAACCGUUCUCCUGCACCCAGUGCGGGAAGAGCUUCACUGAGAGCCCAACGCUCACCAAGCACCUGCGCGUGCACACGGGGGAGAAACCAUACUGCUGUGCCCAGUGCGAGAAAUGUUUCAACCAGAGGUGCGCCUUGAUCAAGCAUCAGCGAACCCACAGGGCUGGACCCUUGCACUGAAUGGGAGGCAGCCUCUGCAAACUGGUGCGUCAUCCUCCCUUUCUUCCCUCCUUCAAUGAGGAGUGUCCGGCUGCUCUGAAAACUUGUGGCUGCAGCUGAGACAGGGGAGACGACAGGGAAGAGCUAAGCCAAGGAGCCAAGUGGCGGAGGGGAUAAAAGCCAGGGGAUGCAAAUUGAAAGUUCCCCUGAAAAUCAACCUCCUUCCUCGAGCCCCCCAGCCCCCAGCUACCACGUGUACAGACAGCAAGGUGACGUCUCCCUAGUCCUUUCUUUGGCAUUUUAGGACUUGACUGUGCUUGGUUUUUAUUUGCCACGGCGAUGCUGACCCCCGAGCUGCUCCUGGUGGCCUACCUGCUGGCCUGGCUGUCACACACCCUUGCAACCAGUGUGUCUGCAAUGGGCCUUGCUGUAGCCCAGCCCGAGCGGGGCUUUAAGAUAUGAAGAGGUCGUUUAAGGGUGUGUUUUGAGGGACAGAAGGGCUUGUGGGGAGAGUGGGUCUUGGGAGGUCCCUUGCUGGAGGUAUACCAUUUCAGACCCUGGGGAGGGUCUGGGGUGUUGUGGGGCAAGGUGCUCCUGGAGGGUGUAACAGAGAGGAGAGGAUCAUAGGGAAUGGGGGAGGUAUGGGAAUUAAGAAAAGAUGUCCCUUCUUUCACAACAUCUACAGGAUUUGCUUCUUUGAGGCCCCCCAUGCUGAUUUUCUGGUCUGUGCCCUCCAUCGGGCUUUUCCUGGCUCCAACCUAUGAAAAAAACCUGUUCUCUGUACAUAUCCAUUAUUGCCUUGGGCAGUGUCAGGAGUUUUGCAGAGAAAUCAUUCAGUCUCAAUCCCAAACUCAAACUUGCCUGCAUCAUGAGGACAAUCCAGGUGGGAUUCAGUCCAAAACCUCGAGAUGGGGAACGGCAAAGGGCAUCUUAUCAAGAAACUGUUUUGCCCAAGACGUCUGACUACAGAUGAGCAAGGCAUGGCAAAUCUCUCUUGUGCAGCAUUUUUUUUCAUUGCUUUUCCAUUUUCUGAGUUUCCUCUGAAACUGCCCUGACAAAUACUGAAAAGGCAAACUCUGAUGCAUACACAUGUAUUUUGUUGUUGCCUUGCUUAAAGAAGAGUCUGUGGGGAAGAGGGGGAUGUCCAGAAAGAAUAAGCUGCCUCCCCAAAAUCUGAGAACUAAAUUGAGGAACAAAAAUGUUAAUAAAAAUUAGUA